CAGUAAUCCAUUUUUAGCUCAGCCAUGGCGGAUUCACUAUUUUUAUCCAACUUGAUUAGUUUUAUUCUUUAACUUAGCCCAAAAAAGAGUCAAAACGUUUGGCAAAACGUGAUUAGUCUUCGUGCUUUCCACUAAACCUCCCCCUUUGUUUCUCCAAAUCUUUUCCUGGAAAAUUUGAUUAAUUCCAGGGCAUUAAUCGGACUGGAGAAAGGAGAGGGGGAGGGUAGAGACACAAAGAUGCCUUCUCCUCCGGAAGUAGAAACUCAGCCCAAAAACGAUUCGGGUUCGGACCAAACCUCUGAACGCGACACCAAUCCACCACCACCGCCUACGCCGCAAUCUCAACCGCCUCCAUCGCAAACGCAACAACAAUCUUACCCACCCGUUAUGGGCUUUCCAGGCUACCCUCAAGCCCCAUACCCAAACUACCCAAACGCACCUUACAAUCACAACCAAUACGCCUACGCACAAGCCCCACCCGCUUCCUAUUACGGUUCUUCAUACCCACCACCUCAGCAAAACCCGGUUUACCAAAGACCACCUCCUCCGUCUGGUUUCUUCAGAGGGAUCCUCACCGGUUUAGUCAUUUUAGCCGUCUUCAUUUGCAUCUCCACCACCAUAACAUGGCUCGUCCUCCGUCCUCAAAUCCCGGAUUUCUCCGUAACCAAUUUCUCCGUCUCCAAUUUCAACCUAACCGAACCGGUAUUCUCCGCGCAAUGGACGGCUAAUCUCACCGUCGAGAAUCCGAACUCGAAACUAACAGCCUACUUCAAUCGAAUCCAAGGAUUCAUCUACAACGAAAACGCGGUCGCGGUAGAGGAUUUCUUGGCCAUGGAGUAUUUCCAACCGGUUUACGUGGAGACCAAGAAAUCGGUUUCGGUAGGAGAAACCCUAACGGCGGGAGAGAAGGGACAGCUGAAAGUCCCGAGCUGGGUCGGGGAAGAGAUGAAGAAAGAGAGAGAUACGGGAACGGUGUCGUUUAAUCUGUGGAUGGCUGUUUCGGUCACUUUUAAAACCGAGGGUUGGUCGGCGCGGGAGAGAGGGCUUAAGGUGUUUUGCGGGAAGUUGAAAGUUGCGUUUGAAGGAGGGUCCGGAAACGGUGCCGUUUUGUUGCCUAAGCCUCUUCCUUGCGUGGUUUACGUUUGAUCCCUCCUUUUGCCUUGGAAUUUUUUCUUCUUAUUAAUAUCUCUUGUAAUGUUUUAUUGUUUACAAGAGAUAUUAAAUGAAAUUAUUAAAUCAGUCUUGUAAUCGUCUUAAUGUGUACAACAAGAAUAUGAUAUAAAUCCCUGAUUCAGA